UUUACCACCUAUGUUACAGGAGGGCCCUGACAACUUCAUCUCCCAGAACGAAGCAGAGUGGUCAUCAAAUACAAUGCUCUUUGGACAGCCAAAGAAUUCCAUUGGUUAUUUAACUAUUGGCAUACCAGUGGUAAAAAGGAAGCUAGAGGGCGCGUUAUAUGUCUACUCUACUAUAUCAUCCAUCAUAAAGGCGACAACAGACAGGGAAAAAGAAAAUAUAACUCUAGUUAUUUUCUUAUCAGAUUUUGAUGAAACUUGGAACCUUGAUACAAGUCGACGUAUCAGUGAGACGUUUUCAAAAUAUAUUAAGACAGGGUUUCUUCAAGUGAUUCACAGUCCAUUAGAUAUUUAUCCAGAAUUAGAUAAGAAAUUCAAUGCUAAUUUCAACGAUGACUCCAAAGACAGGACGAUAUGGCGAUCAAAACAAAACAUAGAUUUUGCGUAUUUGAUGUGGUACAGUAGACGGUUUUCCCAGUUCUAUCUACAACUGGAAGACGAUGUGGUUGCAGCCAAUAACUUUUUUACUGAUAUUAAACUUUUUAUUGAGCGAAAUCAUAAGAUUCGUUGGAUAACAUUAGAAUUUUCUCGGCUGGGAUUCAUUGGAAAAUUAUUUCGGUCCAAGAUUUUGUCACGUUUUGCUACAUACUUGCUGUCUAUGUAUAAUGUACUACCCUGUGAUAUCCUUUUAAACAAUUUCAGAGUUCUUCAUGAUCAAGUUUCAACCAUUCAAAACCCAAAAGGACUCUUUCAGCAUAUUGGAAAAAUAUCAUCAUUGAGGGGAAAACUUACGCCUAUAACAGAUUUCACAUUUAAGGACUCGUUCAACUACAGUUCUUUUGAUAUUCCUGGAGAAAAUCCACCAGGAGAAAUUUUUACCAAUAUGGAAGCAACAUUCGGAUCUUUUCCGGAAAAUGCUUACCAAAGAACUGAUGGCGAUCCAUUCUUUUCAGUUGCAAGCUUAAAAGCUAAUAAUCUAUAUAAAAUAGUGUUCCCUGAACCAAUCAACAUAAGUAGAAUCAUUGUAUCUACAGGGCAUCCAAUUCUAAGAACCGGUAUUUUAAAAUGGGGUGUUGUAAAAGUAGGAGUGGGUAUCGGAUAUCCAAAAGAACAAUGCAUGGCGUCUCAUUUGGUGGGAAGGCUGUUUGAAGGUGAAUUCGAUUCAGAAAUACAGGGGUAUUCUAUUCCAUUUAAUGUGAAGUGUAUUGCUGUUGUAUCAAUACGGGACAAACCAAAUCUAACGAUUAUACGGAAGAUUCAAGUGAUCCUAGAUACUUUAUUUUAA